ACCACUCACCUUGCGCUCAAGGAAGCCACAUUUAAAAGGUCGUGCCGGGCCGGGCGCUCGCAGGCAGUGAGACCAAAGCCGGAAGGCGCGGCGGCGCCCCGAGAAAGCGGCGCCGGGGGCAUCCCGGUACCCGCGAGGCGGGCUCGGGACGACGCCGGGGGCGGGGCCGAGGGCGGGGCCUCGCCUCGUUGUGGAGCGGCUCGUAAUCCAUCAUGGCGGCCGCGGGUGUCGGUGUCUGUGCCUGAGCAGCGCUGGAGCCGGAGCCGGUUCCCGGGUCCUGCGGCUGAGGAGCCCCUCCGUUGGCCACGGGCCCUGCCGGCAGUGGGCGGCUGGGUGCCCCGGCGGAACUCGGGGGAUGUGACUGUCUGGUGGCGGUGGUGGUGGCAGCGUCCGGGGCCGGGGGAGGGGGUGUCUCGGGCAGAGACCCCCGGGCUCGGGGCAGCUGAGGCGGCCGGGCCUCCUCCCCCCUGCGCCCGUCGUCCGCCGUCGGGGCCGCGGGAGUCCUGCGUCCCUUACCGCCCCGCCACGGCUCUGGGACACUGGUGGUGGUCUCUGUUUCCCCAGACCCGGGACACCCCGUUUCCUGAGGCGUGGAGGAGCGUCGCCCCGGAGUGAGCCGCCCGUGCCCCGCCCCAGCAGCUGCCUCUUAGCCAGAACCGCCUCUUGCUUCGGAUCCUGGCCUCAAGUUUGGCCCCCCAUUCAGAUCCCCUCCCUGCUGUCAAGUGGCCUCCCCUCUCCCCCAGAUUGCUCCCGCGGGCUUCUAAUGCCCUGACUCCUUCCAAUGUCACCUACGGCCCCCUUAGUCUCAGCUCAGCCAAAAACUUUAAUGCAGAGGAAAGGUCUGGAUUGGUUUCACAGGCCUUUUAAAAAGCGGACAUAAAAGUUGCUGGCAAUGCAUUCCUUUUCGUCAGAGCCGAGGGCAAACUCUCGCUGAAAUCUGGGUGACCCGUGUCCUUUUCCGGAGAGCAGAGUAGAGAAGCGAGAGCGGCAGCUAGUUCGGCAGGAAAUUUGCUGGACGAUGAAGAAACUAAGAUAGGGGGUUGGUGACUUCCACAGGGAAAGUUCUGGAGGCGCGUCCAAAGACCAUCAACGUCUCCUUUAUGUGUGGGAACCGAAAUGACUUUAGUAUUAUUGACCUUUUUCAGUAUCCCCUGUGAAUAUUUCUGUUUAGGUGUUUUUUCCUGAAAAGAAAUUGUUAUUCAGCCAGUAAGAUAUACUUCAAAUCAAGAAACUUUUGGGUAGCAUUGCAAUUACAUGACUUCAAAUUGAUAAACUGCAAAGAUUCUUGGAACUCCUGUUUACAUGCAUCAACCUAAAAAAAUGUGCUUCCUUUUGGUAUGGAAGAUGUCCUUCUGUGAUUGACCUCAGUUUCUGACUUGAGAUGUGGUGAAUGUGAAAUCCCACAUAGAUACCAUUUUCCUUCUAAGCUCAUUGACUGUUCUGGAAGAUCUUGAACCCUCUUCUGGAAAGGGGUGCCUAUCGUUACUUUAUGGGGCAACAGCCUGGAAAAGUUCUUGGGGACCAAAGAAGGCCGAGUUUGCCUGCCCUGCACUUUAUCAAAGGAGCAGGGAAGAAGGAGUCUUCGAGGCAUGGAGGUCCACACUGCAAUGUGUUUGUGGAACAUGAAGCCCUUCAGAGGCCAGUAGCGUCUGACUUUGAGCCUCAAGGCCUGAGCGAGGCUGCCCGUUGGAACUCCAAGGAAAACCUUCUCGCGGGACCCAGUGAAAAUGACCCCAACCUCUUCGUCGCACUAUAUGAUUUCGUGGCCAGUGGGGACAACACUCUAAGCAUCACUAAAGGUGAAAAGCUCCGGGUCUUAGGCUACAAUCACAAUGGGGAAUGGUGUGAAGCCCAAACCAAAAAUGGCCAAGGCUGGGUCCCGAGCAACUACAUCACGCCAGUCAACAGUCUGGAGAAACACUCCUGGUACCAUGGGCCUGUGUCCCGCAACGCCGCUGAGUAUCUGCUGAGCAGUGGAAUCAAUGGCAGCUUCUUGGUGCGGGAGAGUGAGAGCAGCCCUGGCCAGAGGUCCAUCUCACUGAGAUAUGAAGGGAGGGUGUACCACUACCGGAUCAACACUGCUUCUGAUGGCAAGCUCUACGUCUCCUCAGAAAGCCGCUUCAACACGCUGGCCGAGCUGGUUCACCAUCAUUCCACAGUGGCCGACGGGCUCAUCACCACUCUCCACUAUCCAGCCCCCAAGCGCAACAAGCCCACUGUUUACGGCGUGUCUCCCAACUACGACAAGUGGGAGAUGGAGCGCACAGACAUCACCAUGAAGCACAAGCUGGGCGGAGGCCAGUACGGGGAGGUGUACGAGGGUGUGUGGAAGAAGUACAACCUGACGGUGGCGGUGAAGACCUUGAAGGAGGACACCAUGGAGGUGGAAGAGUUCUUGAAAGAGGCUGCAGUCAUGAAAGAAAUCAAACACCCUAACCUGGUGCAGCUCCUCGGGGUCUGCACCCGGGAGCCCCCGUUCUACAUCAUCACCGAGUUCAUGACCUAUGGGAACCUGCUGGACUAUCUGAGGGAGUGCAAUCGGCAGGAGGUGAACGCCGUGGUGCUGCUCUACAUGGCCACACAGAUCUCGUCAGCCAUGGAGUACCUGGAGAAGAAAAACUUCAUCCACAGAGAUCUUGCUGCCCGGAACUGCCUGGUGGGGGAGAACCACUUGGUGAAGGUGGCUGACUUUGGCCUGAGCAGGUUAAUGACAGGGGACACCUACACCGCCCACGCCGGAGCCAAGUUCCCAAUCAAAUGGACAGCACCUGAAAGCCUGGCCUACAACAAGUUCUCCAUCAAGUCUGAUGUCUGGGCAUUUGGAGUAUUGCUUUGGGAAAUUGCUACCUAUGGCAUGUCACCUUACCCAGGGAUUGACCUGUCCCAGGUUUAUGAGCUAUUGGAGAAAGACUAUCGCAUGGAACGCCCAGAAGGCUGCCCGGAGAAGGUCUACGAACUCAUGCGAGCAUGUUGGCAGUGGAAUCCCUCUGACCGGCCCUCCUUUGCUGAAAUCCACCAAGCUUUUGAGACAAUGUUCCAGGAAUCCAGUAUCUCAGAUGAAGUGGAAAAGGAACUGGGGAAGCAAGGCGUCCGAGGGGCUGUGAGCACCUUGCUGCAGGCCCCAGAGCUGCCCACCAAGACGAGGACCUCCCGGAGAGCUGCAGAGCACAGAGACACCACAGACGUGCCCGAGAUGCCCCACUCCAAGGGCCAGGGAGAGAACGACCCUCCGGACCAGGAGCCUGCCGUGUCUCCACUGCUGCCUCGGAAAGAACGAGGUGCCCCGGAUGGCGGCCUGAACGAAGAUGAGCGCCUUCUCCCGAAAGACAAGAAGACCAACCUGUUCAGCGCCUUGAUCAAGAAGAAGAAGAAGACGGCCCCCACGCCCCCCAAGCGCAGCAGCUCCUUCCGGGAGAUGGAUGGCCAGCCGGAGCGCAGGGUGGCCAGCGAGGAUGAGGGCCGAGAGAGCAGCAACGGGGCCCUGGCUCUCACCCCCUUGGACACGGCAGACCCAGCCAAGGCCCCAAAGCCCAGCAAUGGGGCUGGGGUCCCCAACGGAGCCCUCCGGGAGUCAGGGGGCUCAGGCUUCCGGUCUCCCCACCUGUGGAAAAAAUCUAGCACACUGACUGGUAGUCGCCUGGCAGCCGGUGAGGAAGAAGGCGGCAGCAGCUCCAGCAAGCGCUUUCUGCGCUCCUGCUCUGCCUCCUGCGUGCCCCAUGGGGCCAAGGACACAGAGUGGAGGUCGGUCACGCUGCCCCGGGACCUGCAGUCCACCGGGAGGCAGUUCGACUCGUCCACAUUUGGAGGGCACAGAAGUGAGAAGCCAGCUCUGCCUCGGAAGCGGGCGAGUGAGAACAGACCUGACCAAGUGGCCCGAGGCACGGUGACGCCCCCGCCCCGGCUGGCGAAAAGAAGCGAGGAGGCUGCUGACGAGGUGUUCAAGGACGCUGCCGAGACCAGCCCGGGCUCCAGCCCGCCCAGCCUGACUCCAAGGCCCCUCCGCCGGCAGGUCACCAUGGCGCCGGCCCCAGCCCCGCCCCCGCCGGCAGCCACAGUGGGGAAGCCUGGGAAGCCCUCGCAGAGCCCAAACCAGGAGGCGACUGGAGAGCCAAGCCCCAGCGCCAAGACGAAGGCAGCGAGUCUGGCCGAUGCUGCUAGCAGUGACGCGGCCAAGCCCAGCCCGCUGGGAGAGGGCCUCAAAAAGCCUGUGCUCCCGGCCACACCAAAGCCACAACCCACCAAGCUGCCAAUGACCCCCGCCAGCCCCGCCCCCACACCCUCCACGCUGCCAGCAGCUUCCUCAGCCCUGGCUGGGGACCAGCCAUCUUCCACAGCCUUCAUCCCUCUCAUAUCGACCCGCGUGUCUCUUCGGAAAACCCGCCAGCCUCCGGAGCGGCUUGCUAGUGGCGCCAUCACCAAGGGCGUGGUCCUGGACAGCACCGAGGCCCUGUGCCUCGCCAUCUCCCGGAACUCUGAGCAGAUGGCCAGCCACAGCGCCGUGCUGGAAGCCGGCAAGAACCUCUACACAUUUUGCGUGAGCUACGUGGAUUCCAUCCAGCAAAUGAGGAACAAGUUUGCCUUCCGAGAGGCCAUCAACAAGCUGGAGAAUAACCUCCGGGAGCUUCAGAUCUGCCCUGCAACAGCAGGCGGUGGCACGGCGGCCACCCAGGACUUCAGCAAGCUCCUCAGCUCUGUGAAGGAAAUCAGCGAUAUUGUCCAGAGGUAGCAGAAGCCAGGUGUCCAGCAGUGGGAGCUGCCUGCAGCGCGUGAGGGCUCGCCUGUGACAUGACGGGGGCCGACAAGGGACAGGAGCUCUGCACGGGCAGAGCCAAGGGCCCGUGCAUCCAGCCCACUACCUGCGUGUGCCCCCACUGUCCUCACCACCUCCUCCCAGCUCGGUGCCCGAGCCAUCGUCCUCAAGUUGUAUCUGUGGAUCCCCACUCUGGACAUGCCAUGGCAGGUGGGAGGGCCAACAGGGAGUGCCCCUUCCGUCAUCCUCUUUGGAGACCCUCCUCCCUGGCUGUGCCUUCUCCCAUUUUCCCAAGAACAGAAGCCUGAACCGAGGCCUGUGCGCCGCCCCUCUGCCCUCUGUCCUUGUCCUUGACCCUCCCAUGUAGAAGACACGUCUCGAGACCCACAUUUUGGGAAGGGCAUCACAGCCAGUGCCGCCUCCACUGCCCAGGUGCACAUGCCACUUCCUCACUUGUGGACAGCUCUUGAUCUGGGUUAAAAACAGGGUGCUAAAGCCACCAGCCUCUGGGUCCUGGACAGCUGGAGCUGAAGGGAAUCGAGGUGUGGGGGGUGUCCUUAUCAUCUGUUUGUUCUGUGUCCCUGGAGCCUGGUUCUUGCUCUUUUGUGACAUGCACCGUGAAUCCUGCCCGGGAUGCUUGAGUUGUAAAGGUGGCAGGUUAUGGUCACUGCCAACCCCUCAGCACAGUGGAAGCGGGGGCCACCUGAGGGUGUGGCCAGUGCCAGGCUAGCCACAGACUGAGCCCAGGCAAGUCUGCAGCGGCCCGGGGUGAGCCUUGCUCCCACACAUCCAGUGCCCUAGGUAUCUUGAUGUCUGCCCCACCUGCUACCCCUCCUUGCUCCUCUAAGAGAAUGGAGAUGUUUGCAGGGCCCUUUUCUUUGGAAUAAGCCCGUCUUCAGCUUUCUGGAGUUCUUGAAGCAUUUUGAAACUCUGUCUGCAGGCAUCCAGACACAAACAGGAGGAAGAGAGCUGUUGGCACCAGAGGCCCUGGCUGGUGUUAGCCGCACUCUGGAAUCAGGCGAAUAUCUUAUUUACCAUGAGUAGUAACACUAAGCCUAAUGUUUCUGUGGGGGUCUUCAGGAAGUGUUCAGAAAACCACAGACGAAACCCCAGAAAGCGUUUCAGAGAGCAAGCCUUGGUGUCUUCUUCCCUGAGCUGCCCAAGGCCAGAGCUGAGGCAUGAGGCUGUGACUCGGGGCAGGAAGAGCUGCCGACUCCAAGCGCAGGCCUCAGACCGGCAGGAAACCACCUCCCCGCUCCCUGUGCCACCCUGUGCCAGCAGUUCGCCCAGGCUCCGUUUUACACUAAUCACCUGAACUUGUAUUCUAUUUUUCUGGUAGAAAUGGUUUCCUCUGGAUCGUUUCUGCGGUUCUCACACAUCACCUCUUUGCCCCCCCCCGACUGUGCUGCAGUCCGAGGGGGGCGCUAGACACCGACAGCGGCCUUGCAGACAAAGCAAAACACCACCCGGUCCCCGACGGCCCGUUUCCACGAGGUACUGGUCUCUCUUUGUUAACAUGAUGUGCCACUAUAUUUUACAUUUAUGCCUUGGUAUUACACUCUUUUGUAGACGCGCUCUUUUAUAAAUGAUGUGUACAUAGUUUUCCACCCUCCUUUCUUCUGGAAUGCCUAUGGUGUCCCCCUUUUUUCUGGGUCCAGUACAUUUUGUUUCUGUAUAUGCCUCUCUGUGUUUUUUGAAUCCAAAUCUCUCCUCUGUAGUAUUUUUUAAAUAAAUCAGUGUUUACAGCCUUAGGA